AACAAACAAACAAACAAAACAAGAACAUUUCUCCAACAACAAAACAAUUCACAAUUACACAAAUCUACGAUCCCUGCAUUUGUCCUUCAAUAACCAUCCUCUCAUUUCAAUGCAUUCUUUCAAGUCUCUUUCUGAUAGAAAGAUCCAGACCCUCUUUCCAAUAGUUCUGUCUUCUAUCAUAGUUCUAGCAAGUGUGAGAUUAGUCCUGGACAUCUUCAAGAGCAAUCAGAGCAAUAUUUUGAGGAUCUAUGGGAAGCUUAAGGGGGAGAACAAUAGAGUACACAUCGUAGUUUCGCCCGAGGAUCGCCUCUUGGAGGGAUGUAAUGUGUUUGAAGGGAAAUGGGUGUGGGAAAAUGAGUCAUACCCUCUUUAUCAAGAACACAGCUGCCCUUACUUGGUGAAGCAGACUACUUGCCUCAAGAAUGGGAGGCCUGAUUCUUUCUAUCAGAAUUGGAGAUGGCAGCCCCAUGGAUGCAAUCUCCCAAGAUUUGACCCAUUGAAGCUGUUGGACAUGUUGAGGGGAAAGAGAAUGAUGUUCAUAGGAGACUCACUACAAAGAGGCCAGUUUGAAUCAAUGGUGUGUUUGGUACAAUCUGUGAUUCCCGAAGGCAAGAAAUCCCUCCACAGAAUUCCACCCAUGAAGAUCUUCAAGGCUGAGGAGUACAAUGCAUCAAUAGAAUACUACUGGGCUCCCUUCAUAGUAGAGUCAAUUUCAGAUCAUGCAACAAAUCACACUGUUCAUAAGCGCAUGGUUAGACUGGACUACAUAGCCAAACACGGCAAGCAUUGGCAAGGUGUUGACAUUCUGGUUUUUGAGAGUUAUGUUUGGUGGAUGCACAAGCCUUUGAUCAAUGCCACAUACGGGUCUCCGGACCACGUGAAAGAGUACAAUGUGACCACAGCAUACAGAUUGGCUUUGAAGACUUGGGCAGACUGGCUUGAGUCAAACAUCAAACCCCUCACUCAGAAGGUCUUCUUUAUGACAAUGUCUCCUACUCAUCUCUGGAGUUGGGAAUGGAAGCCAGGAAGUGAUGAGAAUUGCUUCAACGAAUCAUACCCAAUACAAGAUCCUUCAUAUUGGGGCACUGGAUCAAACCUGGAGAUCAUGAUGAUACUGCAUGAAGCGAUAAAGGAGCUGAAAAUAGAUGUGACCUUGUUGAACAUCACUCAGUUAUCAGAGUACAGAAAAGAUGCCCACACCACUGUUUAUGGGGAACGAAAGGGCAAGCUCCUCACCAAAGAACAGAGAGCUAACCCUAAAUCUUUUGCUGAUUGCAUCCAUUGGUGCCUUCCUGGUGUCCCUGAUACAUGGAAUCAAAUCCUUUAUGCCUAUCUCUUGAAGAGAUUUCAGAACUUUACCUAAAUGGGUUUUCAUAAACUAAGGAGAUUUUAGAACAUAAUGGUGCUUUCUGUGGCAGAUUGUCUGAAGAUUCUGCAGAACUAGAAAGACAUUCACCACCGGUUGUGAUGUUAUCAUCAAUAAUUUGCCCUUCUACUGAGGAGGACUGAGAGUUCACAUCUACAAUUGGAGUUUCGUCUGAAAUAUCAUCCAUACUAGCAUAAGAAUCACAGCUAUAAAACAUCUCACUGGUCACUGUGGAGGCAUCCAGUUGUUCUAUAUCACUAGAAGACAAAUCAUCAAACACUUGAGGGGCUGUAUCAUUUUCUCGGACAAAUGCACAUGAGUCUUGUUCUAGUUCUACGCCAUAUGAGUAUUCCACUUUUCCAGCCAAAGCUUUGCAUUCAGAUAAUGUCAAAUUCAGUUGCUCAAUGUUGAAUUUCAGACCAUUUUGUUCAUUGCUCACAUGCAAGUUAUCUUCAAACAAACUAGAAGUUUCUCUUGAGUUGUCCCCAUUGCCUUCUUCCUCCUUGUCAUCAUCACUAACAUUUG